AUGUUAGAAAUUGAACUGAUUGACAUAACUUACCUUGAUGAAAAACUGAAGAGUUUUCCAUGGACAAAUGAGCUUAAAAAUGGAAGAAUUCCAGUUGCUGUCGAAAAGGAAGGUAAAGGUUUAAACUACUGGAAAGCCGAGGGCUUUCAGAAAUUUUUCUUUCCAAUGCUGGAAUACAUUGUAGAAGGAAAGAUGGAAAACUUGACAGAACUUGAAAUUGUUUGCUCUGUGUCAAGGUUUGUUGAACUACACUUCACAAGUGGGCGACAUGGAUGGAGUGAUGAAAUGAUCGAGAUGCACAGAAAGCUGGCCCAAAGAAUCAAUGUAAAAAUUGAGGAAACACAAGGACUUGACAUGUGUACAGUGUCAGUGCACAACAUGCUGCACGUCCAUGAAGAUAUAAUUAACUUUUCCGCAACAGCUAACUAUCCGUGCGCUGUUUUCGAAAGGGCUGCUAAAUACUACAUCAAAAGGUCCAACAAUUGUAAGGGUGUAGAAGCAAGGUUUGCUAAAGCUAAAGCUCGUGGAGAGUUUCUGAAAAGUUUGGAAGAAGAAGAUGAUAGUCAACUACAAGAAAGUAAUACAAGUCAGGUGAGGUGACUUAAUGUACAGCAAUAAAAUUCAGUGAGUGUGAUCACAAAGUUUGAGCUAAUAUAAUUAAUAAUACUUUUAAUCAAUCAAAAUAAGAAUAAUGAUUGUAGUAAUAAUUUGCUUAGACGUGCUGAAUCCAUUAAUAAUCCAGACAGAGCACUUUGCUAAUUGAUUGUAAGAAACAUGUACUAGGUACCUUUUUAUGGGUGAAAGUGAUGACCAGCAAAAAUAUAUAUUCAUUUCAUGUGGUUUUGCCAAUCAGCUAGUUUUGCGAGGCAAGUGAAUUAAGCCCCCAAGGAACUGAGGAGAGGGAGUUACUCUUGAAGCAUUAGAUCAGAACAGGGGCAUAGCUACCUAACAGUAACACACAUGCACCUGGACAUAUCGAAGAUAACAUAGAAAAUACAACAAACUUGUCAGCUUAAUUAAUGAUAAUUAUGUGGCCAAAACACCUCAUUAAACAACAAAGAUUAUUAUUACCUACAAGUAGUUGUCAUUUUAUAGCAAGUAAGAACUUUAUUUGCUUGCAGCCUAACCUCGCCAUAUAGUUAGACUUAAUAACCGCAGCUGAAAAAUAUUUGGGGCUUGUAGGGAGAAGGAGGGAAGAUCUGAAAAAUCCAGGCUACACUACAUGCGUAUAGAAUGUACAACUAUAUCAAAAUUGCAACUGAAGAUUUUCUGCUUAGAUUGCCAGUACUGUGACUAUUUCUAAUUUUAAGGUUUUAUUGUUUUUCAUAAGGGGACCUUUAGGUGUCGAAAUUAAUUUGAAUCUCUUCUACUGCUAGGGUGUCGUGUGCUCUGUGGAGAUGGCUAGAGCACUAUGCCGCAAGGAUGGACAGCAUUCCCUGUUACUUGGGUCAUCAAAGAGAGUUUUUCAGUUGAUCAGAGACAAUCACAUGAAGAUUGCAGCUGCUCUCUCACUUUCUCCAACUGAAAUAUCAGCUGUUCCCACAACAACAAAGAAAUGUUUUUUGAUCAAUGUCGGCCAUGAGGGUGUGGUGCUAUCAAGCAAGGAUAGUAUCAUUGUCACUUUUGAAGGCAGUGGAGAAGUGGUAUCUGUUCACCAUUUUUUGUCUAUUAGACAUGAGGGAGGAAAUUGUCUGUUGCUUGGGGAGGGCAGUGUAAAGCCAUUUUUGAGAGAUGGCAAUGGCCUCAUUGCAGUGGACUUUUGGAAUGGUUUCCCCAAAGUAGGACAGUCUUCUUUUCCACUGAAAAUAUUUCAAGAAAAGUUAUGCUGUAUGAUUGUGGGAACAAUACAGCCACUGUUGUUGAUUACUUGA